CGCUCUCUCAGCAGUACGUUAGACGUGGUCGAGCGGGCAAUGUAGGCGAAAAGUGACGAUUCUAGCACAUCUACAUAUAUCAUCCGAAUAGAUAAAUUCCUAUGAGUAUUUGCGACUGUCUGAUACAUACCCACAAAAGAUAUCGAAAAAUUCCAAAUUAAUUGGAUGCUGCAAUUUUCAUUUUGCGGAUCAAGUGUACAUCCAUUGGGGGGGCACUAUAAAAAGAAAUUGCAGCCCGAAAGUGAUAUAAUUACAGCGAGCAAUAUCUGUGCUUUGGAUGGGGAAAGCGAAAAUAUGAACCAGUUAUAAAUAGACGACAUGAGCGAGAGCUAGCCCCAAAGAUAGAUCGAGAAAGUAGCACAGCACACUGGACAUGGACGUGGAGCAGGCAGCCUCGGCCGAGGCCAGACAGCAGCACCAGCGUCAUCGUCGCCGCCUGGGACGCAGCCAGCGCGAGCAGACACCCGUCACACAGCGCCAGCGGGAGGGGGAGGAUUCUGGUGCAGAUCCCUCCCCGCAGAUGGUGCGCAUGCAGAUACGGCCGCCGGGCACUCUGUCCGCACACGAGAGCAAGAUCCUGCGUCGCAGGGACAAGACUUUUGCCAGCACCGCGAGCAGAAGCCAAUCCCAGCCACGAGAGGCCGAAAAGUUGAGCAGCCCGGCUGCCGUGCAGCUGAUCAAGCACCGCAGCCUGUCCUCGCCCCGCCACAAGGAGGAGUCCAGCGAAAGCGAGCUGACCACCGGCAGCUCCUACGCAGCCACAAGCACACAGCCGAUCCCCGUCGGUGGUGGCCAGAACGACACACUCAGCCGUCUGGAGCAGAACCUGCAACGAUUCGAGGACGAGCGGAGGCGCUUCGAGGCCGAGAAACGGCUCUUCGAGCGAGAGAAGCGCGAGCACAAACAGCGCCAUCGCCAGCAGCUGGACAACGAGGAGCGAAAGCGACUGCUUCAGAGCUACCGCAAGCUCAGCGAUCGCAUUCAGCUGCCCCAGGACGAGGAGGAGCGCCGCCGUCUGAUCCACAGUCUGCGGCUGCAGCGGCAUGAGACGCCAAAGGUGCGCAGUCGGAAUCGCAGCAGCGGCUACGAGGAGUCAUCCACGCAGUUCAGCUCAUCCGAAGCGGAUGUGGCAGAGGAGAUGCCCUCGCGAAGGCCCAUCAAGCCGCCACAAAGCUACGUGGCUGCUCCCAUUCGAGGAGCGCCACCUCCGCCCCCGUUAGCCGUCCCCAAGCCGGAGGAUCGACGGUCCGUAAGUCGUAACAACUCCCUGUCGCCGGUGCGUCCGCAACGACGCUCCAAGACGCCCGAGCAGCGGGCGGAGAUCAGCCGCAAGGACGAAUAUGUCGCGGUGGGGGAGUCUCAGACAGACUCCUUCCGGGCGCGACCCUCGGAGGCGGAACAGCAGUCGGAGCUGAUGCAGAAGUACAUGGAGGCAGCGGAGAGAGCGGCCAAAGCGGAGGCAGCCCUGGCCCAGAGCCUGGCGGGGGAGGGCGUGCGAAGAAGCGCCAGCCUGCGUCUGGCCGAGAUCGAGUCGGGCCGCAAGGUGGAGGGCAAGCGGAGCUCCAGCCUGGAGAGGCCACUGAGAGCCAAGCGUUCUGCCAGCCUGGAAAGGAGCAAGGAAGUGGAACAAAUUGUAGCUCCAGCCAUAUCGGAGGAGCCCAUAGCAGAGCCCGAACCAGAAUUGUCUCCAGGUGAAGUCACCAUUCCGAAAGUGGAGCCCAAAGUGACGCUCCUGCAACGCCUGCGGAAUCUCUUCAAGCGAAAGCAGAAGGCGGAGAAAGUGAAAACUAUUGUCGUCAGAGAUCUGGCCACAGAACCGCUGCCCGACAAGAUAAUUUCACGUCCGUUUGUGUUCCACUUCUGGCUGGAGGCACGGCACGAGUGGCGACGCCUCAAGAUGGACUACCCGCGGCGCAUGGAGGAGCUGCGAUGCCUGCGUAACACCUGCAUCGCGCACUGCAUUUGUCUGGCCCUCCUGCUGGGCUUUGGGGGCCUCAUGUUCCGCUACACGGAGGGGGCGUCCGAGGACAUCUACAAGUGCGAGGUGCGCAAGGUGAAGCGAGAUUUCAUCGACAACCUGUGGGUCGUCAGCCACAACAUGAGAGAGGAUGACUGGAAGUCGAUGGCCCGCCAGAAGCUGCGAAAAUUCGAGGAUGAGCUGAAUACGCUGGCCGAGUUGGGUCUACGUCGGUAUCCGGGCCAGAAGUCCUGGAACUUUGUCAAUUGUUUUAUCUUCUGUUGGACCGUAAUCACGACCAUAGGUUACGGCCACAUAACACCCAAGACGAAGCUGGGACGCUCCCUGACUAUCAUCUAUGCCAUCAUCGGCAUUCCCAUGUUCCUGAUCGUGUUGGCCGAUCUGGGCAAGCUCUUCACGCGCUGCGUCAAGUUCCUGUGGGCCUAUGUGCGUCGGGUGUACUACACCCGCUCGUGCCGCCGCAUCCGGAAACAGCAGCAGAUCCGUGACGCGAUGACCGGCUUCAAUACGGUCUACGACAUGGCCAUGCGGCGGCCCAGCAUGUUCUUCGGCAAGUCGCCGGAGGAAGAGGCCGAGUCACAGGCAGACGCCGAGGCGGGCAGGUCGUUGGGCACAUCGCACCCGGAGACACCCACAUCGCCGUAUCCGGAGACCUACGAGGUGGACGAUGAGUUCAAUCUGCCCGUUUCGGUUGCCUCCCUGCUGCUCAUCUCCUACAUCCUGCUGGGCACGGCCGGCUACGUGAUGGUGGAGUCCGACUGGGAACUGCUGGACUCUUUCUACUACGUCUUCAUCUCGAUGUCUACCAUUGGCUUUGGCGAUUUGGUGCCCAGCAAUCCCUUCUAUGUGAUGGUCAGCAUGAUAUACCUGAUCUUCGGCCUGGCGCUCACCUCCAUGUUCAUCAACGUGGUGCAGAUCUGGCUGAGCGACCACUUCAAGCGGGCUAGCGCCAAAGUGGGUGCCACCAUUGGCAUGGGCAUGGCCAGCGAGUUCGGUGACGAGGGCGGCAGCCAGCUGAAGACCCCGUCGGAGCUGGCUUCGGUGCACGGCUCGCGACUGGACCGCAUCGAGGAGGAUGGCCAGGAGCCAUCGUUCACCCACCCGGGUCUGAAUGGCUCUGGCACCAGUCCGCCGCCGCUCACAUCCAUCCUGCGCGCACCACGCCCAAUGUCGCCCAUGGAUUUGAAUGGAAGCCCGAUGCCAGUGGAUGCCAGUCCUCCGCCUCCUCCUCUGAUGCCCAAGCGUCAGGUCUCUGUGGAUCCCCCAGCGCCAGCGGAGGGGGAGAAGAAGAAGAAGAAGCACAGGUUCUUCUAGAACCGCAACCUGACAUCCAUCGCCUAGUACUAGAACCUCAUAAAUGACAAGGAAAUUUCAAUCGAAUUAACACCGAUUCGCCGCUGUUCUGAGCGAACAGUUGCACAUUACACACACAUUUUUAUUGAUUUGUUAUUUAAUUGUACUUCCCAUCAUUCUAGGCUAAGAUUAAUGUUAAUAUCACAAUACAACUGCAGUUGCCAAAAUA